ACUCUUCAAUUGGCAUUCGCAUGGGCAAGAAGGUCUUCAACCCGAUUUCGCCGCAUUUUUGGAGCGCGGACGAGCACGCGCGGUUCCUCGAGGCGCUCGAGAAGGUCGGCCAGUGCGCGCCAACGCCCGCGGUCUGGGGCCUCAUCGCCGACCACGUCGGCAGCCGCACCGACAAGGACGUCCAGCUCCACGCGAACCGGUACUUUCUGCAGCUCCAAAUGCUCAACACGCAGAAGCGCAAGGAGAUGCAAGCGAUGCAGGCCGUCGAUGCAAAGUGGAGCCGCGAAGACGACGCGCGCUUCGAAGAGCUCCUCGCCGCCCACUCGAGCGCAACGUGCUACAACUGGGAAGCGGUCGCGGCGCAGCUUCCAAACAAGACGCCACGAACCGUGCGUGACCGGUACCUCAAGCUCGUGUACGACAUCGCACACAUUGAGAACGGCUAUCACGUGACGAUGCAUCUCGGUGGCGCCCACGAGGACCGGACCCCACCGGGAAGCAGCAACGCGGAGCCGUGUGCGAUGUACGACUGCUGUACGAUGCUAACGCCAGACGAAGAAGACGCGCUCAUGACAGCGCUGGAAGAAACCAAGAUCCCGCCCAUGGCGACGCCGCCCAUGCUCGCGGUCGUGGCCGCGGCCGUCGUCGCUAUGACCAACCACGUCAACAGGAAGCCGCCGACGCGAGAAACACCCAAGUUCUCCAAAGACGACGCAAAACACGCGCUGCUCCAAGCACUCAUGAUGGAGAACGCUGAUACAGGCACCGUCCUCAACGGCCUCCACCGAGCGUUGCGGCUUCAUGACAUGCGCUACAAUGAUGCGCCACGCAACGACACCUUUGUGCAGAAAGCCGAGCCAUAUGCAUCCAACCAGCAUCAUCCGAUGGACCUUGAUACGUUUAGUGUCUUGUGAGCCUACUGUGGUUGAAUCACCAGAAUCGAUGCUCUGUCAUUCAUUUAGUCUCAGCGGG